AUGGCGUCUACUUACAAUGGCACCUCUGACUCUGCCGAUGAUGGCUACUCUUCUGGUGUCUCGGAUCUCAACGUCUUCUACGAGACGGGCCACUUGGUCUUUCUGGUCACCUGCGCCGUCCUCGUUCUUCUCAUGAUUCCCGGCGUGGGUUUCUUCUACAGUGGACUUGCUCGACGUAAAUCGGCCCUGACUCUGAUUCUUUUGUCCAUGAUUUCAGUCGCUGUUAUCAGCUUCCAGUGGUUCUUCUGGGGUUACUCCUUGACCUUUUCGCGAACUGGAAAUGCCUUCUUGGGUGAUCUUACUCAGUUUGGUCUCAUGGAGACACUCGCCCAGCCCAAUGGUUCUGAUGCUCUCCCUGACAUUCUCUUUUGUUUGUACCAGGGCAUGUUUGCUGCCAUUACACCUGCUCUUGCCAUUGGUGCCGUGGCAGACAGAGGUCGCAUCCUCCCCGCUAUUGUUUUCAUGUUCCUCUGGUCCACCAUCGUCUACGAUCCCAUCGCCUACUGGACUUGGAACGCCAAUGGCUGGCUCUUCAACCUUCCCAGCUACGACUUUGCCGGUGGCGGUCCCGUUCACGUUGCUUCAGGAACAUGUGCCCUCGCAUACUCCCUCAUGCUCGGCAAGCGCACCGGCUACUCUCGCAACAAUGGUCUUCCCUACCGUCCUCAUAACGUCACACAUGUUGUCCUCGGCACAGUCUUCCUUUGGAUCGGAUGGUUUGGCUUCAACGGCGGUUCCGCCCUUGCUAUGAACAUCCGUGCCGUCAUGGCAUGCUAUGUGACCAACCUGGCUGCCUCAUGCGGUGCCAUCGCCUGGAUUCUUCUUGAUUAUCGCCUAGAGAAGAAGUGGAGUACCAUCGGUUUCUGUUCCGGUGCCAUCUCCGGCCUCGUUGCUAUCACUCCCGCCGCUGGCUUUGUCAAGCCAUGGGGUGCGGUCAUCAUCGGAGUCUGCGGUGGUGUCAUUUGCAACUUCGCUACCAAGCUCAAGUUCCUUAUCAACAUCGACGAUAGUCUUGAUAUUUUUGCUAUCCACGGUGUCGGUGGAAUGGUUGGUAACAUUCUCACUGGUAUCUUUGGAACGAAAUCUAUCGCUUCUCUUGAUGGCGCAGAAUAUGAUCCCAUCGGCUGGGUUGACAGCAACUUUGUUCAGCUGGGCUACCAGAUUGCUGGCACUCUAGCCUGCUUUGCCUGGUCCUUUGUGUUGACCUGCAUUCUACUCUUCCUUCUCAACCUCAUUCCUGGUCUGUCCCUGCGUGUUUCUCCCGAGGAGGAGGAACUUGGCACGGAUGAUGGACAGUUGGGCGAGUUUGCGUAUGACUAUGUUGAGAUGACCCGUCACAUGGCUGACAGCACUCAUCCUAACUCUGAUGCAAGUGCGCGAACAAGUCACGAGAAGGUUUAG